ACUUCGAUGUAUCGAUGUAUUUCCGACAUCUUUAUUCUUGCCGCUAAAGUAAAAAACAAGAUUUCCAUUUACAAUAGUGAAUUUGUUAUUAAAAACAGAUUGAAGAGUUAUUCCAAGAUGGAUGAAGGUAAUUCAGACAUCGAAAAGCCUCGCAAAAAGCGGCGUGUAGAGCCGGAGUGGAAUUUGGAGCGCAUCAAAACCGAAUUAAGCACAUAUGAACAGGGCGUAGGGUUUGCCGAGGAUUAUGGUCUGCUUCCAAGAAGUAGACUAUGCCCCAUUCAUAAGGAAUUAAUGCAUUGUACCUUACCCGGCUAUAACAAAGCUGGCAAUUUCUUUUGCUCCAAGGGAGACUGCAAGCAUAUGUCCCGCAUUUCCAGAGCCAAGGGAACCUGGUUUGAAAGAGGGAGGAUGAGUUUCGCGCGUAUUUACUAUUUAAUGUACUGCUUUUUAUAUCGAGUUCCUCAAGAGACAACGAUACGGGACGAUUUUACUAACGACCCCUAUAGACUGUCUAUAAUGACAAUUAUCAGAUGGUAUAGUUACUGCCGGGAAGCUAUUAUAGCAUAUCAGUUAGACCACCUGGAACACAAUGACAAAAUCGGUGGUCUGGGAAAAGUAGUCUUAGUUGAUGAAAGCAAAUUGGGAGAGGGAAAAUUCAAUAGAGUAAGAAAUUUCGACGAGAAUCCAGUAAUUAUUAUGGUUGAGGAUAAAAGCAAAGAGCUUAGGAUCGAAUUAUGCACAGAUGACGAAUAUUCGUUGGAGUCCAUUAUUGGAAAGCACAUACGAGACGGUACCACCAUUAAGAUUAUUUCUCGUCAAGAGAAUUAUGAAUAUCGUGUCAAAAAACAGAAUAAAAGUGAGUUGAGUGAGGCGAGUGGAAAGGAUCCGUUAACAUCCGCAGCCGAUGUAUAUUCUGAGCGGAGGAAAGCGCAGAAAAAGAUAGUGGAAAGAUUAUUUAAUCAAAAAUAUCAUAGGCUUCCUGCAAACUUUGCCGAAGUAAUUAUAGAACUUAUGUGGCGACAAUCUGUAAAAACAAAACAAAAAGAUCUUUUUAUGGCUUUGGUAGAAGCUAUAAGAUAUGUAUAUCAUGAAAACUAAAAAUUUUAUUGCAUUACAACGUGAUAUACCUCAGUUCACCUACAAGUCGGUACAGGAAAUAAAAUUUGAGAAAGGCUGAUAUCUCCAAUACGUUUUAUAAUAAAAUGCAAACAAAAAUACAAUUUAGACAAUAUAUCGCACACCGUAUUCAAAAGAGGACCAACUCAAA